AAAAGGUAAUUGAAACCAACCCUAAGCUCCGUUGAUCUCCAUUCUAAAGGUAGCCCCGAUUAUUGCUGACUUAAGCAUCAGAGUGUCUACCCCGAGUUCCACCUUGGGGCUUUGCAGGUCAAUCCGAAGUACAGACGUGGACUGAAGAAGGACUUCUGAUUUGGUGCGAUUACAUUUGGCACCGUCUGUGGGAACCCGAACCGAAAGCUCUCUUGUUGCUCUCUCAUAAUGGUUAACACUCGAUUAGUCCAAGCUGGAAAUCCAUCUUAGCCUUUUAGGCAAGGUCAACUCUCCAACAACCUCCCACCUCAACUUCCACCUCAGAUCCCAAAUAUGUUCCCUCCUAUUGAUCAUGCGGAAGGAGGAGACGAAAACCAACCACCCAACUCAGCUCACAACUCAACUUCCACCGCUAACCAAGACCUCUUAGCUCGAAACAACCUUGGUGAUCCUCUCAUCAAUUUACUCAACCCUGCUCCACAAACCCCAGCUCCACAACAAAACCCUCAACCAGUUCAACAUGCUCCUGCUCUUAAUGAAUCUCAAGGCCAAUCUCACAUAGCCCCAGCUCAGCAACCUCUUCCUAAUGAUGUCACUCGACGUCUGGACAGCUUAGAAAAACUAGUAGCUGAACAGCGAGGUGCCCCACCUCCACACCAUACUGCUAACUCCAUACCUCAUCCUUUGAACACCAACAUCACAUUGGAACCCUAUCUCGUUGGCUUCAAAAUACCUCAACUUGAGACUUAUGAUGGGACGAAGGAUCCCGAUGAUCACCUACAUGCUUUCUACUCUUGCAUGCAACCUCAGAAUGCCUCUGACGCCCUACCUCCGAGGUCAAUCAGCUCUUAUACAGAAAUGGCAUCUGCUUUUGUCGCAAAGUUUUCCAGUAUAAGGUUGAUCAAGAAAACUACUUCUGAGCUAAUGCGAGUUAAACAGAGGGACGGAGAUUCUCUGAAGAAUUAUAUGAGCAGAUUUAAUGAUGCAGUACUGGAGGUUAGCUCCUUCGACCAGGCUGUAAGAAUUGCAGCUGUGAUCUUAGGUCUUAACCAUGAGAGAUUCAGAGAUAGUCUGCUUAAGCAUCCUGCCACCACCUUUAGCGAGGUGAAUGAUAGAUCCUUCAAAUUCAUAACUGCUGAGGAAUAUGCCUUGUCGCAAAAGCCAACCCCCUCUAAGAACCAAAACCCAGACUGGAGAGAUGAGAAUCAGAGUAGGAAACGAAUGAGGACAGCACAGAACCAAGGUUCGAUGUCGACCUACACACCGAGAUUCGGAAGACCGAACUCAGCACCUCCACAACAGUCUGCAGAUCACGGUCAUACAACAGAGCAAUGCAACAGUUUGAGGUCCGAGUUGGAAAGUCUAACCCAAAAAGGAAUGUUGAAUGAAUACAUUCAGAGAGCUGAACAACCAAGAUUUGUCAGAGAACAGGGAACACAGUCCCAAGGAAUCCGUAAUCCACCAAACAGACAAGGAGUAGGGCAUCAACAAGCCCCACCUCCACUUCCACCACCAACCAGAAUUAUACACAUGAUUACAGGAGAAUUGGAGGCACGAGGGAUGAGCUCCAAACAAAGAAAGUUAUAUGUCAGAGAGGCAUGCCCAAAAGACUGUUACCCAAUGCCAAACAUUAACAAGCUAGUUGAGGCAGCUUUUGGAAACGAGAGAUUAAGUCUCUUGGAUGCAUACUCUGGCUACCAUCAAGUCCCAAUGGCUCUUGAGGACGAAGAAAAAACCUCGUUCUAUGCCGGAGACGAAAUUUAUUGCUACGUGAUGAUGCCCUACGGCUUAAAGAACACAGGUGCCACUUACCAGAAGAUGGUUACCAUCGUAUUCCGAGCUCAAAUAGGCCAAAAUUUGGAAGUUUAUAUUAAUGAUAUCGUGGUGAAGAGUUUGACAGCUGAAGAUCAUUUAAUUGACCUCGAUGAGACAUUCAACAAUCUUAGAAAGAAUAGAAUGAGGUUGAAUCCAGCAAAAUGCAUCUUCGAUGUAGAGUCUAGAAAAUUUCUAUGCUUCAUGGUGUCUAGAAGGGGGAUUGAGGUUAACCCCGAGAAGAUCAAAGAAGUGGCCAAAAUGGAACCACCGAAGUCAGUAAAAGAUAUUCUGUAUGUUGAUGGAGCAUUAAGUAACAAAGGUUCUGGCACUGGUGCAAUCCUACUUGGCCUAGAUGGGUACAGAAGUGAACAUGCUCUAAAAUAUAACUUUGAUGCCACCAACAAUAUGGCUGAGUAUGAGGCUCUACUACUUGGCUUACAGUUGGCAAUAGAACUGAAGGUUGCAGCAAUACAAAUAUACAAUGAUUCACAACUAGUAGUUAAUCAGGUCAACUCAGUCUAUGAAGUGGUUGAUCUUGUUAUGAUGAACUCUAGAUCGAUCUUUGUUGAAAUUCUGGAUGAGCCUAGCUUCCUAAAGCCGAAAAUGAUGGAAAUCAGUAUAGAUCCUAACACACCGAGCUGGAGAGAUCCAAUGAUCUCAUUUUUACAAGAUAAAACAGUGCCUGCAGAUAAACAAGAAGAAAUGAGGUUGAGGAAGAAAGCAUCUCGGUAUACCCUUGUUAAUGAAAUCCUCUACAAGAGAUCUUUCUCACUCCCUCUACUCUGCUGCAUGAAGGUGUCUGUGGAAGUCACAUUGAUUGUGGCUGAUAAUGGAACUCAGUUCAACUACUCCUCAUUCAGAGAUUUCUGCUCCAACUAUGGGAUCAAGUUGCAAUUCACCUCGGUGUACCACCUAGAGUCUAAUGGAAUGGUAGAAUCUGCCAACAAGGUUAUACUGGAGGGGAUAAAACCAAGGUUAAGGCUGCAUAAGGCCAGGUGGGCAGAUGAGCUCAACAACGUCCUCUGGGCAUACAAAACCACGAGCCAAACUGCCACAGGUGAAACACCCUAUCACCUGGCCUUUAGUACCGAAGCAGUCAUUCCUAUCGAGAUAGGAGUCCCAAGCUUCAAGGUCACCCAUUUCGAUGAAGGACAAAAUGGACAACUGCUUCGUGAGAACCUUGAUCUGCUUGACGAAUUCAGAGAAGAAGCACGACUUCGAACUCUAGUUUACAAGCAAAAAAUAGCCAACUUCUACAACAAACGAGUUCGACCCUGAACAUUCAAAUGAUUUACUUCAUCAUUUUUCAUUUGUAUAUUUGAGGUCCACCUCAUGUACAUCCGAAGUCAAUUCCCUUGUUGUUCAUUUUACUGUGUGUCCGAGGUCAAUUCCUUGUGUUAAUUAAAGUCACUUUAUUUU